AAUAUGUGUAUGCACCCAGGUAGGUAAACAGGUGCCUGGACAGUGAUAGCGCACAGCAGUGAGCACAUGUGGUCCCCAGAUUUGGUCUCCAAUACCGUUCACCAACAUAAGGAACCAGGGAGAGACAGCUAAUUCUGGGACUGGAACAGAACAUACACAACAUGAGCAUGGGGUGCGUUAGAGUGCCAGGAAGUAAGGAAGUCCUUCAAUACAAAAAACACGCAGUACAUAAACACACACACACACAUUGAUGGGGUGUGUCAAAGGAUAUAGGGGGCAGCUGAAAGAGCUUUCAAAAGCUGGACAAUUUUGAACAAAUAAAAUAAGGCAGUACUGGAUCAUAAACCUGAAGUAUGACCAACGAAAACAAAAAGGGGGAGGGGAGAAGAGAUCAAUCUCCCACACAGAAUUCCAAAUGUAUAGAUAACUUCAUCCCCAAGGAGGGGAAACAUAACUCCCCAGUGAAGUGUAAGCUGAGCAUAGUGACUUUUCAGGGAGUACGGUGGGAAGAGGGGGUAACUUUACAGGGGAGAAGCAUGACCAACUGACUACCUCAGCCGCGUGAUCAAGGUCAACAUCAGCCCGUUGUGUUGAUAGCAUGUACCCUUGAUACGAUGUCAUGGGAAUGGCACUUUACCUCAGUGUUCCUCCUCCCCAAACCUACAACCCCAGUCUACUUAUGAGAUAAACAUCAGACAAAUCCCAGUUGAGGCACAUUCUGCAGAAUGCCUGACCACUUCUCAGGACUGUCAAGGUCAUCCAAAACAAGGAAAGCCUGAGGAACUGUCACAGCCAAGAGGAGCCUAAAGAGGCAUGUUGUGUGGUAUCCUGGCCAGAAAAAGGACACUGGUGAACACUAAGGAACUCUGAGUUGCAAGACGAUUCCCGUAGCUCCAGGCAUCACAUCCACAUUCCAGGCUGAAGGAAGGGGAAGACAGUAGGAGUACAAGGGGGAGCUUCAUUGACAUUUUUCCUUUUAUCGGGAAGAUAAGUUUUCUUAGAAGUCUAACAGCAAAUUUCCGCUUUGAUCUCCUUUUCUAGAAAUGGGGGCAAGGACACCCCAGGAGCAAGGGGACCUGGAAAGUGAAGAUGUCCCUUUAUCGAGACUCUGUGGAGAGGACACUGAGAUGGAAACAGCAGAAGAGCCAACCCCAAGUCUUGGGCAGACCCUGGAGUGGCUGAGAAAGGAGCUGGCUGAGAUGCAGGUUCAGGACCAGAGACUGCUGCUCACACUGAGGCAUCUUCACAGGGUCCUGGAGGAACUGCGUGCUAAGAGUGCUCACUGGGACGAUGCCACGUCCAGCAGAGGGACGUCCCCCAUCAGAGCUCGAGCGGGCUCUGAAAGCCGGGGCUGCCCCUCCAUCUCCUCCAAGGCGUUGGCCCAGCUCCUCCGAGGGGCAGACAGCCGGCGAAGCUCCCUCCCUUGACUGGCCAGGCCUGAGGCCGGGCUUGAACUCUCCCCCUGCUUGUCCAAGCUUUUGACUGUGAUGCUGCUGGAAGAGAGCACUGGAAUGGGAGUCGGGGAGCCAGGGCUCUGGGUUCCUCUCUGCCCUCAUCUGCUAUGCGUCCUUGAACCCAUCACUCAACUUCUCCGUGGCAUUGGUUCCUUUUCAGUGGCUCAUCAGGGUUUUUGGUGAGGCACAAAUAAGAUAUCGGGUGUGAACACCAGUGGAUUCGUGGCCUCUGGCAAGCAGUAAUCCUACCCUUGGGCAUUUCUCACAAGGCGAUUGUCAAGACAAAGGAAGAACUCCACGUGCUGCAGAGGAUGUUUGGUGUUGCCCUGGGGAAAAUUAGCGCCCCCUCCCCCACCCCACAGUGACUCCAUAGUUGUUUUCUGUCUUCCCAGAGGGCCUUCACAUUCCUCCCUCUGAAAGCAACAGGCCCAGUCACCACUCCAGCCACAGGGAUGGGCCUAUGGCCAGGCCUGGCCAAUAAUGAUUCAUAACCACCCUAAUAACAUGAUUGGCCUAACGGGAGGGCAUGUGACUCAACAGAGCCAAUCACAGUCCUUCUCUGGGAUCGCUAUCUGGAUGUUCUUUCCAUUGCGGUUGCAAGGCGGGGGAGUGCUGCAAAUGGCCAUGUGCUCUCCCUACCAGGUGAAGAAAACUUGACCUCAGUAGGAAAAAAAAAAGGGGGGGGGGUGUAGAGGAAGGGCCACAGGACAGAUGGACAGAGAGGAAGGGCGCUGGCUCUUUUUAGUCCCUGAUUGUGUGAGUUACUCCUCCAUUCUUUCCAGUGACACAAACCAGGAAAUUCCACCACCACAUCCUCCACCACGCACACCGGAUUUGUUUCUGCUUAAGCUGACUUGAGUAGGGCUGCCCUCAUGUGCAACUGAAAUGAUCCUGAAGAAUACAACCCAGAUGUUCAAAGAAGCAAAGAGAAACACUAAAGAGAAGGGCAUUUUGCGCACUCGGCAUUGGCAGCGACAGUCCUGUAACCUCAGACAAUGAGGUUUGGGCUGUGACAGAACGCUCUGUCGUAUGCGGUGCUGGAGUCAUAACUUUGACAAGUUCUAUCUGCCUAUAAGAAAGACUUUAAAAAUAAGGCAGGUGAAAAUGUGAAAGGUCUUGUGUUACGAUGGUCCAAUGAUUGGUAAGCCUUUUUAUUUUUGAGAAUCGACUUGCAUGUUGUUAGAAUAUUGUUUUUCUGGCUUUGGAAAAGUAAAGCUGUUGUAUACAGAGGCAAGGGGGGGGGAUGUGUUGUAUGUACAAUGCUUACAGUCAGACUAACCUGGGAUUUUAAUACAAUACAGUGUUUGAUAAUAUAUAAAAAAAAGACAGUGUUUGAUAAUAUAAAAAAAAAAGACUUCUCUGUCCCACAGCUGAGAGGAUAAGCAAAAUGUGGUAUGUACAUAAAAUGGAAUAUCCAUCAGCCUUGAAAGGGAAGGAGAUUCUGGCACGUCCUACCACAUGGGUGAACCUUGAAGACAUGAUGCUAAGUGAAAUGAGCCAGUCACAGAAGGACACUGUACGAUCCCAUUUGUAUGAGGCACCUUGCAUAGUCAAUCCAUAGAGGCAGGGAGUAGAAGAUUGGCUGCCAGGAGCUUAGGGAAGGGACAGCGGGGAGUUAUUGUUUAAAGGGUCCACGGUUUCAGUUUUGCAAGAUGAGAAAAGUUCUAUGGUUGGAUGGUGGUGGUGGCGGGGCCAUAACACUGUGAAUAUACUUGAUGUCACCGAGCUGCACGCUGAAAAAUGGUUAAAAUGGCACUUUUAUGUUAUAUUUUACCACAACUGAAAAUAAAUACUUAAAAAAAUUU